AUGGAUCAGUCAUUUCAACUUACAUAAAAUAUUUCAUAAAUUAAUGAUUUUAAUUAAUCUGAAUUAAUCUUGAUAAUCAAUAUAACUUUUUCUAGAACUUCAUAAGAUGAACUCUUAAUAAUCAAAUUUUUAAAUAACUCUUUAAUUUAUUCAAAUAAGGAAUACUCUCAAAUUGAAACAGAAAUUUCUUGCCUUAUACCAAAAGUUAUAUAUAUAGAUGAUGUCACAAUUUAUAAUGUCUAAGUCACUACUUAGAGCAAUACCUAUAUGCUUUACUCUAUUGGAACAAUGUGUAUUGGAUCAAUCUUAUUUGGAGGAGUUGAAAUCUUUUUUAAUUUGUUGGAUACUCUACAAAUACUAUCUUAUUUGAAAUAUAUGAACACACAACUUCCCUAUAAUUUAUAAACCUACUUUCAACUUUUUGGAUUUGCUUAAUUCAAUUUCAUCUAAAAGGUUUUUAAUUUCUCAGGAUAUAUUAAUGAAAUACUGAAUAACAAUGAGUUAUAGAAGAUACCAACAAAAGUAGCUAGUGAUGAUAUGACAUCACUAUUUAUUAUUAAUACUGCAACAAUAUCUAUAGCUUGGAUUUCUCUUUUUGGUAUUUAUGCAAUUGCUAAAUGUAUACCUAAAAUUCUAUAUUCAAUCAAAUUUAAAUUUUAUUCUGAAUCUGAAACAGAAAACAUAUGGCUUAUCAAACUUGGAGUAUAAAAGAAAUUUUAUCAUUGA